AAUGAACAUCCUAUCGAAUUUAGUUGGAUGUAUCUGAGUGUCGAAAGAGGAUGAUAUUGUAGGUUAUGUGAUCCAAUAAUGUUUAUUUUGUUCUUAAUUCGCAUCAAAUAAUAUUUUAAACAUUUAUUAAGGAAACAAUUUGAUCCAUAAUGAUGUUUAUAAGACGUGUACACCGUUUAUCUAAUCUUAUAACCAAUAAAUCAUGCAAGAAAUGCCGAUUCUAUUCGGACUACGAUCGAGUAACUACAAUAAAAGAAAAAAUUAAACAGGGGCCUAGUUUAAAAGAUUUUUUAGUUGAAAACUCUGAACCCAUACUUACAGAAAGUCCUCGAAUACCAUAUUUACUGGAAAAAUCUAAGAUACCCACUAGAAGAAAAGUUUUCUUUGAUGUGUAUGGUUGCCAGAUGAAUUUAAAUGACACUGAUAUUGUAUGGUCAAUUUUGAAAAAAGAGGGUUUUAUUAAGACCGAUAUUGAAGAAGAAGCAGACAUAUUUUUGGUUAUGACUUGUGCCAUAAGGGAGGGUGCGGAAACUAAGAUAUGGCAUCGUUUGGAUCAUCUGAGAGGAUAUAAAAGGCGCGCAAAAGAUCGAUCAGUUAAAAUAGGAAUACUGGGUUGUAUGGCAGAGAGGCUGAAGGAAAAACUUAUUGAAAAGGAAAAAGCAGUUGAUGUUGUGGCAGGUCCAGACAGUUACAGGGACUUGCCGAGGUUACUGGCACUCACUGAGAGUGGUCAGACUGCUGUCAAUGUUUUACUGUCCUUAGAUGAGACCUAUGCUGAUGUGGUACCUGUCAGGCUAAACCAGGACAGUGUGUCGGCUUUCAUUUCAAUAAUGCGCGGCUGUGACAACAUGUGCACAUACUGUAUAGUGCCGUUCACCCGCGGCCGGGAGCGCUCGCGUCCAGUCCACUCCAUCGUGGAUGAAGUGCGCCAGUUGGCAGACCAGGGCGUCAAGGAGGUCACCCUGCUUGGCCAGAAUGUGAACAGUUAUAGAGAUGUCAGUCAAGCCACGGAGAAGUUUGAUACUCAUAUGGUUAAAGGUUUCAAGACAGUCUACAAAACCAAAAAAGGUGGAUUGAGGUUUGCUGAUCUCCUGGAUAAAGUGUCUGCUGUGGACCCUGAAAUGAGGAUCAGAUUCACUGCUGCACAUCCAAAGGAUUUUCCUGAUGAGGUCCUCCAGAUAAUAUCAGAACGUCCGAACCUGUGCAAGCUGCUGCACCUGCCCGCGCAGUCGGGCUCGUCCGCCGUGUUGGACAGGAUGCGGCGCGGGUACUCGCGGGAGGCCUACCUCGACCUCAUACAACAUGUCAAGAACACCAUCCCUGGAGUUGGGCUAUCAACAGACAUGAUCUGCGGCUUCUGCGGCGAGACGGAGGAAGAGUUUCAGGAGACGAUAUCUUUGAUGGAGCUGGUGGACUAUAAUAUAGCAUUCCUCUUUCCAUAUAGUAUGAGAGAGAAAACCACAGCGUACCGCCGUUACAAAGAUGAUGUUCCAGAACUAAUAAAGAAGGAACGCCACAACAGGAUGCUCGAGGUCUACAGAAGGAAGUGCCAAGUUCUGAACGAGGCAGAAAUUGGAAACACACACCUUGUGCUCGUCGAAGGCACUGCGAAGAAGUCUGGGAAAAUACUCGGAAGAAACGAGUUCUACCUCAGAGUUAUAUUCGAUCAAGCUGAUAUUUUGGCAGAAGAUGGUGGGAGAAGGCAGGCGAAACCUGGUGAUUAUGUAGCUGUGAAGAUUGUUGGUGCCAGGUCAGCCACCCUUACUGGUGUGCCACUUUACCAUACUACUUUGAGUGAGUUUUACAGGGAUCGCCAGUGGGGGGCGGCCAGAUGUUUAAAUGGUUGAAAUACCAAAGGUUUGAAUUUCUUUUUAAGAUAUUUUGUUGUAAAUAUUCUGUAGAUAAAAUAUAGUUAUUGUUAUCAUUUAUUUAGUUGA